GGCGAAGUUGGCGGCGCGGAGGCUGGCCCGGGACGUGCCCGGAGCCCUGGGAAAGAGGGAGGAGGGAGGAGGGAGGGUCGCGGCCGGCCGCCAUGGGGCUGGGGGCCCGGGGCCGCCGCCGCCGCCGCCGUCGUCGCCUGAUGGCCCUGCCACCGCCACCACCGCCCAUGCGGGCGCUGCCCUUGCUGCUGCUGCUGGCGGGGCUGGGGGCUGCAGCACCCCCUUGUCUGGAUGGAAGCCCAUGUGCAAACGGAGGUCGGUGCACCCACCAACAGCCCUCCCGGGAGGCUGCUUGCCUGUGCCUACCAGGCUGGGUGGGUGAGCGGUGCCAGCUGGAAGACCCCUGCCACUCAGGCCCCUGUGCUGGCCGAGGCGUCUGUCAGAGUUCAGUGGUGGCGGGCACGGCCCGGUUCUCCUGCCGGUGCCCCCGUGGCUUCCAAGGCCCAGACUGCUCCCUGCCAGACCCCUGCCUCAGUAGCCCCUGUGCUCACGGUGCCUCCUGUACAGUGGGGGCAGAUGGCCGAUUUGUCUGCGCCUGCCCGCCUGGCUACCAGGGUCGCAGCUGCCGAAGUGACGUAGACGAGUGCCGAUCCGGCAUGACUUGCCGCCACGGUGGGACCUGCCUCAAUACACCUGGAUCCUUCCGCUGCCAGUGUCCGCUUGGUUAUACAGGGCUGCUGUGUGAGAGCCCCGUAGUGCCCUGCGCCCCUUCCCCGUGUCGUAAUGGUGGCACCUGUAGGCAGAGUAGUGAUGUCACAUAUGACUGUGCUUGCCUUCCUGGCUUUGAGGGCCAGAACUGUGAAGUCAACGUGGAUGACUGUCCCGGACAUCGGUGUCUCAAUGGGGGAACGUGUGUGGAUGGUGUCAAUACUUACAACUGCCAGUGCCCUCCCGAGUGGACAGGCCAGUUCUGCACAGAAGAUGUGGAUGAGUGUCAGCUGCAGCCCAAUGCCUGCCACAAUGGGGGCACCUGCUUCAACCUGCUGGGGGGCCACAGCUGUGUGUGCGUCAACGGCUGGACGGGCGAGAGCUGCAGUCAGAACAUCGACGACUGUGCUACAGCUGUGUGCUUCCAUGGGGCCACCUGCCAUGACCGUGUGGCCUCGUUCUACUGUGCCUGCCCUAUGGGGAAGACAGGCCUCUUGUGUCAUCUGGAUGACGCGUGUGUCAGCAACCCCUGUCAUGAGGACGCUAUCUGCGACACGAACCCUGUGAGUGGUCGGGCCAUCUGCACCUGCCCGCCUGGCUUCACUGGAGGGGCGUGUGACCAGGAUGUGGAUGAGUGCUCUAUUGGUGCCAACCCCUGUGAACAUUUGGGUCGGUGUGUGAAUACCCAGGGCUCGUUCUUGUGUCAGUGUGGCCGUGGCUAUACUGGACCUCGCUGUGAGACGGAUGUCAAUGAGUGUCUGUCGGGGCCCUGCCGGAACCAGGCCACUUGUCUUGACCGAAUUGGCCAAUUCACUUGUAUCUGUAUGGCAGGCUUCACUGGGACCUACUGUGAGGUGGACAUCGACGAAUGUCAGAGCAGCCCGUGUGUCAAUGGUGGUGUCUGCAAGGACAGAGUCAAUGGCUUCAGCUGCACCUGCCCAUCCGGAUUCAGCGGGUCCACGUGUCAGCUGGAUGUGGAUGAAUGUGCCAGCACUCCCUGCCGGAACGGCGCCAAGUGCGUGGACCAGCCUGACGGCUAUGAGUGUCGCUGCGCAGAGGGCUUCGAGGGCACUCUGUGUGAGCGAAACGUGGACGACUGCUCUCCGGAUCCCUGCCACCACGGGCGCUGUGUGGAUGGCAUCGCUAGCUUCUCGUGCGCUUGUGACCCGGGCUACACGGGCAUGCGCUGUGAGAGCCAGGUGGAUGAGUGCCGCAGCCAGCCCUGCCGAUACGGGGGCAAAUGCCUAGACUUGGUGGACAAGUACCUCUGUCGCUGUCCUCCCGGAACCACAGGUGUGAACUGUGAAGUCAACAUUGACGACUGUGCCAGCAACCCCUGUACCUUCGGAGUUUGCCGUGACGGCAUCAACCGCUAUGAUUGUGUCUGUCAGCCUGGAUUCACAGGGCCCCUCUGCAAUGUGGAGAUCAAUGAGUGUGCGUCCAGCCCCUGCGGAGAGGGUGGCUCCUGUGUGGAUGGGGAAAAUGGCUUCCGCUGCCUCUGUCCACCUGGCUCCCUGCCUCCACUCUGCCUACCCGCGAACCAUCCCUGUGCCCACAAGCCCUGUAGUCACGGAGUCUGCCAUGAUGCACCAGGCGGGUUCCGCUGUGUGUGUGAGCCCGGGUGGAGUGGCCCUCGCUGCAGCCAGAGCCUGGCUCCAGAUGCCUGUGAGUCCCAGCCCUGCCAGGCUGGUGGCACCUGCACCAGCGAUGGAAUAGGCUUCCGCUGCACCUGUGCCCCUGGAUUCCAGGGCCAUCGGUGUGAGGUGCUGUCCCCCUGCACUCCAGGCCUCUGUGAGCACGGAGGCCACUGUGAGUCUGACCCUGACCGGCUGACUGUCUGUUCCUGUCCCCCAGGCUGGCAAGGCCCACGGUGCCAGCAGGACGUGGAUGAGUGUGCAGGUGCCUCGCCCUGCGGCCCCCAUGGCACCUGCACCAACCUGCCCGGGAGCUUCAGGUGCAUCUGCCAUGGGGGAUACACCGGCCCUUUCUGUGAUCAAGAUAUUGAUGACUGUGACCCCAACCCAUGCCUCAAUGGCGGCUCCUGCCAGGACGGGGUGGGCUCCUUUUCCUGUUCUUGCCUCAAUGGCUUUGCUGGUCCUCGCUGUGCUCGAGAUGUGAAUGAAUGUCUGAGCAGCCCCUGUGGCCCUGGCACCUGUGCCGACCAUGUGGCCUCCUUCACCUGUACCUGUCCACCUGGCUACGGAGGCUUCCACUGCGAGAAUGACUUGCUGGACUGCAGCCCCAGCUCCUGCUUCAACGGAGGGACCUGUGUGGAUGGCGUGAACUCCUUCAGCUGUCUGUGUCGCCCUGGCUACACGGGCACACACUGCCAAUACGAGGCUGACCCCUGCUUCUCCCAGCCCUGUCUGCACGGGGGCACCUGUAACCCCACCCACCCGGGAUUUGAAUGCACCUGCCGGGAGGGCUUCACAGGCAGUCACUGUCAGAACCCAGUGGACUGGUGCAGCCAGGCACCCUGUCAGAAUGGGGGUCGCUGUGUCCAGACUGGGGCCUACUGCAUCUGUCCGCCUGGAUGGAGUGGCCGUCUGUGCGACAUACAGAGCCUACCCUGCACGGAGGCUGCAGCCCAGAUGGGGGUGCCGUCGGAGCAGCUGUGUCAGGGAGGUGGACAGUGCAUAGACAAGGACCACUCCCACUACUGUGUGUGUCCAGAGGGCCGCACGGGUAGUCACUGUGAACAGGAGGUGGAUCCCUGCACGACCCAGCCUUGCCAGCAUGGGGGCACCUGCCGUGGUUACAUGGGGGGCUAUGUGUGUGAGUGUCCAGCCGGCUAUUCUGGUGACAGUUGUGAGGAUGAUAUAGACGAGUGUGCUUCCCAGCCUUGCCAGAAUGGAGGCUCCUGCAUCGAUCUUGUGGCCCACUAUCUAUGUUCCUGUCCCCCUGGCACACUGGGAGUUCUCUGUGAGAUCAAUGAGGAUGACUGCGGCGCGCCCGUGGACUCAGCCCUCCGGUGCCUACACAAUGGCACGUGCGUGGACCUGGUGGGCGGCUUCCGCUGUAACUGUCCCCCAGGAUACACAGGUCUGCACUGUGAAGCAGACAUCAAUGAGUGUCGCCCAGGGGCCUGCCACGCAGCACACACCCGGGACUGCCUACAGGAUCCCGGCGGGCACUUCCGCUGCAUCUGCCAUCCUGGCUUCACUGGGCCUCGCUGUCAGACUGCUCUGUCCCCUUGUGAGUCCCAGCCCUGUCAGCACGGAGGCCAGUGCCGGCCCAGCCUAGGCCGCGGAGGCGGGCUGACUUUCACCUGUCACUGUGUCCAGCCAUUCUGGGGUCUGCGUUGCGAGCGGGUGGCACGCUCCUGUCGAGAGCUGCAGUGCCCAGUGGGUAUCCCAUGCCAGCAGACAGCCCGUGGGCCGCGCUGUGCUUGUCCUCCCGGACUGUCCGGACCCUCCUGCCGGGUUUCUAGGGCGUCACCCUCAGGAGCUACUAAUGCUAGCUGUGCCGCUGCCCCUUGUCUGCACGGGGGCUCGUGCCUACCUGUACAGAACGCCCCUUUCUUCCGCUGUGUAUGCGCUCCGGGCUGGGGUGGCCUGCGUUGCGAGACUCCUUCCGCAGCCCCCGAGGUCCCCGAGGAGCCACGGUGCCCGCGAGCGGCCUGCCAGGCCAAGCGAGGGGACCAGAACUGCGACCGCGAGUGCAACAGCCCAGGCUGUGGCUGGGACGGCGGUGACUGCUCGCUGAGCGUGGACGACCCCUGGAGGCAGUGUGAGGCGCUGCAGUGCUGGCGUCUCUUCAACAACAGCCGGUGUGACCCGGCCUGCAGUUCUCCAGCCUGCCUCUAUGACAACUUUGACUGCUACUCCGGUGGCCGCGACCGCACCUGCAACCCAGUUUAUGAGAAGUACUGCGCCGACCACUUUGCAGAUGGCCGCUGUGACCAGGGAUGCAACACCGAGGAGUGUGGCUGGGAUGGGCUGGACUGUGCCAGUGAGGUCCCGGCCCUUUUGGCCCGAGGGGUUCUGGUUCUCACAGUUCUUUUGCCUCCUGAAGAGCUGCUGCGCUCCAGUGCCGACUUCCUGCAGCGACUCAGCGCUAUUCUGCGCACCUCGCUGCGCUUCCGCCUGGACGCACGUGGCCAGGCCAUGGUCUUCCCCUACCACCGGCCAAGCCCUGGCUCUGAAUCCCGGGUCCGUCGCGAGCUGGGUCCGGAGGUGAUCGGCUCUGUGGUGAUGCUGGAGAUUGACAACCGGCUCUGUCAGCAGUCAGCCGAGAACGACCACUGCUUCCCCGACGCCCAGAGCGCUGCUGACUACCUGGGAGCCUUGUCGGCAGUGGAGCGACUCGAUUUCCCAUACCCGCUUCGGGAUGUGCGAGGAGAGCCCCUGGAGCCCCCAGAGCCGAGCGUGCCACUGUUGCCGCCGCUGCUGGUGGCAGGGGCCCUCUUUCUACUGGUCAUCUUCGUCCUGGGUGUCAUGGUCGCCAGGCGCAAGCGAGAGCACAGCACCCUCUGGUUCCCUGAGGGUUUCGCAUUGCACAAGGACGUAGCUGCUGGCCACAAGGGCCGGAGGGAGCCUGUGGGACAAGACGCACUGGGCAUGAAGAACAUGGCCAAGGGUGAGAGUCUCAUGGGGGAGGUGGCCACAGACUGGAAUGACUCAGAAUGCCCAGAGGCCAAGAGACUGAAGGUAGAGGAGCCAGGCAUGGGCGCCGAGGAGCCUGUGGAUUGUCGCCAGUGGACCCAACACCACCUGGUUGCUGCGGAUAUCCGCGUGGCGCCCACCAUGGCUCUGACUCCGCCUCAGGGAGAUGCAGAUGUGGACGGCAUGGAUGUCAACGUCCGAGGGCCUGAUGGCUUCACCCCACUUAUGUUGGCCUCCUUCUGUGGGGGAGCCCUGGAGCCGAUGCCAGCUGAGGAGGAUGAGGCGGAUGACACAUCAGCCAGCAUUAUAUCAGAUCUGAUCUGCCAAGGGGCGCAGCUCGGGGCACGAACCGACCGCACUGGCGAGACCGCCCUGCAUUUGGCUGCUCGGUAUGCUCGCGCGGACGCAGCCAAGCGGCUGCUGGAUGCUGGGGCAGACACCAACGCCCAGGAUCACUCGGGCCGCACCCCUCUGCACACUGCAGUGACAGCUGAUGCUCAGGGUGUCUUCCAGAUUCUCAUCAGGAACCGCUCCACUGACCUGGAUGCGCGGAUGGCAGACGGCUCUACUGCGCUGAUCCUGGCGGCCCGCUUGGCAGUGGAGGGCAUGGUGGAAGAGCUCAUCGCCAGCCAUGCUGACGUCAAUGCGGUGGAUGAACUUGGGAAAUCGGCCUUACACUGGGCUGCAGCUGUGAACAACGUGGAGGCUACCUUGGCUCUGCUGAAAAACGGAGCCAACAAGGACAUGCAGGACAGCAAGGAAGAGACUCCACUGUUCUUGGCCGCUCGCGAGGGCAGCUACGAGGCCGCCAAGCUGCUGCUCGAUCAUUUUGCCAACCGGGAGAUCACAGAUCACUUGGACAGACUGCCCAGGGAUGUGGCCCAGGAGCGGCUGCACCAGGACAUCGUGCGGUUGCUGGACCAGCCCAGUGGCCCCCGCAGUCCCUCCGGUCCCCAUGGCUUGGGGCCAUUGCUCUGCCCACCGGGAGCCUUCCUUCCUGGCCUCAAAGCAGUGCAGUCUGGGACCAAGAAGAGCAGGAGGCUGCCUGGCAAGACCGGGCUGGGGCCGCAGGGAACUCGGGGUCGGGGCAAGAAGCUGACACUGGCCUGUCCAGGCCCCCUGGCAGACAGCUCUGUCACACUGUCACCUGUGGACUCGCUGGACUCACCACGGCCUUUCGGUGGGCCCCCCGCUUCCCCUGGAGGCUUCCCCUUGGAGGGUCCCUAUGCCACCACGGCCACUGCGGUGUCCUUGGCACAGCUGGGCGCAAGUCGGGCGGGUCCUCUGGGGCGCCAGCCUCCCGGGGGCUGUGUGCUCAGCCUUGGUCUGCUCAACCCUGUGGCUGUUCCCCUCGACUGGGCCCGGCUGCCUCCACCUGCCCCUCCAGGGCCCUCAUUCCUGCUGCCCCUGGCUCCGGGACCCCAGCUGCUCAACCCGGGAACCCCAGUUUCUCCCCAAGAGCGGCCCCCACCCUACCUGGCUGCUCCAGGACGUGGAGAGGAAUACCCCGCCGCAGGGACCCACAGCAGCCCUACCAAGGCCCGCUUCCUGCGGGUCCCCAGCGAGCAUCCUUAUCUGACCCCGUCCCCUGAGUCCCCAGAGCACUGGGCCAGCCCGUCCCCUCCCUCCCUUUCAGACUGGUCUGACUCAACGCCUAGCCCAGCAACUGCUACCAGUGCCACAGCCUCUGGAGCCCUGCCUGUCCAGCCACAUCCCAUAUCUGUUCCCCCCCUCCCUCAGUCCCAGACUCAGCUGGGGUCCCAGCCGGAAGUCACCCCCAAGAGGCAGGUGAUGGCCUAAGGUCUUGGAUUUUGGAGGGGUGUUGAAGUGACACUCCUCCCUGGCCUUUUUCCCCCUUUUAAUCUUACUCUCAUCCCUUUAUUUCUGUACCAGCCUCCUUGCCCCUCUCCGUCUUGUAGUGUGACCGAGUUGGUCACCAGCCCAGACCCCCGGUCUUCCUUUAUUUAUAAUGGGUAGGGGUUGACCUCCCACCACCUCAGCCCCCUAAGGGGUCUGGGACCUCCUCUUGAUUCCUCUCCCUGUCUCUGCUUUCUUCCCUCCCCCCCUUUUUGCUUCUCAUUUUCUCACACUCUGACAUGAGUUAUUUUUUUCUUUUUUACAUUUUGUAUAGAGACAAAUUCAUUUAAACAAACUUAUUAUUAUUAUUAUUUUUUACAAAAUAUAUAUAUGGAGUUGCUCCCUUCCCCACAAGCUGCAAAUCCCUCCAGCGCCCCCGUGGGGCUGAGUCUGUGGGCCCGUUUGGCCGAUCCAGACUCUGUGUACCGAGUACACAGAUAUGACCAGGGUCCCUCGUACUGAGUAUGUGGUCCUGGUAAGUACCAAGUAGCCAGCCUUGGGCACACCCUCCCCUGGGGUCAGGGGACAUUUGGGAGCCUCCUUCCCCUCCCCAUCCUCCUUCCUCACUUCACUGCAUUCCAGAUAAGACUUGUAGACUCUCUGGGAAAGGGGUCUUGCCUGCCCAAAGCCUGUACUGCAGGCCCACCUUCCAGAGCCUGGCUCACCGUUAGGGCCUGUGGGGGGCGCACUUCAGGGGAGAUGUAUUUUGUAUGCAUUCCACUUCUAAUUGUAAAUACAGGUGGGAGUGGUGCUCCCUCUUCUGUUUUUCCCUGGGCUCAGCCUCACUGCCUGAUAGAAAUGUUUUUAGGCUGUUUUUGUAAUCCGACACCCGGUCACAGUCCGUUGUAGCUGAAUUCCCAGGUCCUGCACUGUGCGACCCUCACCUCCCCAGUUCCCUUACCACCUAAUAAAGGAAUAGUUACA